UUGCAAAACAGAUUCUGAGUAGAAGUAGGAAAAGCUGAAAAUUGGAAGUAGAAAAAUGCAAAUUACCAAUUAAAAAUGCUUCCCCGAUUGCAGGAGCAUUUUACACGAGAGAGGAGAUGGAAGAAGAUGAGGCAAGCGAUCAAAACCGAAGCCUAAACGAUCUGCCGGAGGACCUCCUCCUCCACAUCCUCGCCUUCCUCCCCACAUUAGACUCCGUCCAAACCUCCCUCAUCUCCCAAAAAUGGCGCCCUCUCUGGUCCCGCAUCCCCUCCCUCGAUUUCAAUUUCGAACUCUUCCCGACACGCGAGCUGCCGUUGGACACCCGCCAGUUCUACGCCGAGUUCGUCGAUCGCGUUCUGAUUUCCCGCUCCAAUUCUCCCGUCCACACUUUCCGCCUCUCCUUCAUCUUCCACGGUCACUACCACUCCCACGUCGACUCCUGGGUGCGAUCCGCCGUCACCCACCUCCGCGCCCGGGAGCUCCACCUCGACUUCUUCAUCCACAGAGACCUUCACAACGACGAAACCCGUGAUCACCGAUACGAUUUCCCAUUCUCUGUUCUGAGAAAUGGGUGUGUUGAGAAAUUGAGCCUCACGCGGUGUUAUCUUACUUUGCCGGCGAAAUUGUCCACCAUGCGAUUCUGGACGAUUCGGUCCUUGCUUCUCGAUGAGGUUUGUUUGCAUGACCAGAUGAUGAGUGAUUUGAUAUUGGGUUGCCCCAAUUUGGAGGAUUUGGAGCUUCAAAACUGUUGGGGCCAUCGUCGUUUGAAGAUAUGUAGCAAAAGGCUCAAGAUGCUGGCAUUUGGGUUCUUCUAUGAUUCCGAAAUCAGAGAGACUCUUUCGAUUGAUUGCCCAAAUCUUUGUUCGAUUAGCUUCGAUUGCUGUAGCUUUUACGAGGUUGUCCUCAAGAGUGCUGCGUCUCUCGUUGAUUUUCGUGUCCAGAUUGUGAACAUAAUGGAACAGUACUAUGACUCGUGGAGCAAGGCACUUAAGCUAAUUGAACAAGCGCCUAAUCUAAAGCAUCUCGAUACACUAAACUGGUGGUUUAAGUUUCUGACAUCAACGAACUCCUUCCCCGAAAGUUUUAUGCUCUACAACCUGAAGCUCUUAGAGCUACAAACAGGGUUUACCAAGCAUGAUCUCAUUGGCAUGGCUGCGCUGCUUAAACAUUGUCCCAAUCUCGAGACAAUGAUUCUAGAAUACUCUUUCAAGUUCGGGGAACAUGAGAGUUUACCAGAAGAGUUGUUAAAUAAACCAGUUGAGUUCAGCAUCCCAAGUCUCAAGCAAGUUACAAUCAAACCGUAUAUAGGAACAGAAGAUGAAGGUAAUUUUGUGAAAAUCUUGACUGAGCAAGGAGUUGUCCUAGAAAAGAUUGUACUUGUUCCUGGCGAAGUUGGCGAGUACGGAAUAGUUCUGAAGCCGGUUCCCCCAAUCGUUCUGUGUAAAACGGAUUCACAAACUUGGAAGUACUCUCUCCUCCGCGACGCCAGAUGACUCUGAGAUUUAAAUUGGGAAUCCUUCGCCUUAGCCAAAUUCCGUCUUAUUUCUUAGGUUAGAUGAUAAUUGGAUGGAUCAAAUAUUUUCUGAGUUUUGCUUAUGAUUAUUUUCCGUCUCAUUUCUUCGUAGAAAUGGCAUGUUUCUGUUGGAGAUAGUUGCUAGGGUUGCCAAUCGUGUUUCCAUCAUGUUCCCUCCAUCUUUUGAUUCCACAAUAAUUGGUCUUGUUUA